UUUCUCUGCUGCAUAUUAUAGGUGACACAGCUGUUGGCAUUGGUGUCCAAAGACAUUUUCUCAGUUUAGCCAUGCUAAAAUUGCAGCAUGGUUUUAACAUAAACAGUGGUGUAGCUGACACAACCCUUCUUUUUGAGGGACAACAGGACCACCUUAUCCCCUGUACAUCUCGGAUUUUGGUUGACAGUGACCUCUUUCUGGUGGCGGGAAGAAUGAUUGGGCAUUCAUUCCUGAACGAUGGACCUCGUCUUCAUGGGCUCAGUGAUGCAAUUGUUCACAUGCUUCUGCAUGCUAACAGAGAUACUGUCACUGUAAACCUUGAAGAUGUGCCAGAUCUUGACAUACGAACAACAAUCCAAAUACUUGAUGGAGACAAACCCCUGUCUGAGGAGCAGAAGAAUGAAGUUAACACUCUUGCAAUUUCCUGGGACUUGCCACCUGUUAACACAGAAAAUCGUAAAUGGCUGCUCCAACAGUUACUCCAUCAUGCGGUGAUUGGACGAACCAUUAGGCAAACAAAGCAAAUUAGGAAGGGACUGAAGGACACCAGACUGUGGAAUCUGCUCCAAGACAGGCCUGAAACUGCUCCGAUCAUCUUCCCCCGGCAUGCUGAAAGCAUUCUCACUGUCCAGGCAGUUCUCAGUCACAUUGUUUGGCCAGGGGAUGACAGUGAUGAUGAUGAUGAUGAUGCUCCCUACACACUGAGGGUCCAGAAUGAGAGAGCAGGAUUCUUGAGAACUUUUAUUGAAACAGCUGCAUAG